GCGUCACCGCGCAAGCUCCCAUUCACGUUCGAUGUCGGCCAGUUCGGACAGGUCGUGGAGUCGGAGCCGAGCCAUGACAUGCAGAAGGAGACGCCGCCUGUCUGGGUCAAGGACCUCAUGACGGAGGUAAGGGGUAUGAACACCAAUAUCGAGCGCAUCGAGCAGCCGAUGGCGCAGGAGGCGCAGGAGUUCCCCAGUGCUCUUCAGAUCCAUGACCAGAACUUGGCGCAGGUACAUCAACGUCUUCUGGUGGUUGAGCAAGGAUCCACGGCUGCCAUUGCUACAGCUGUGGCGGCGGCCGUCGACGAGAAGAUUGCGGCCAUCCCGUCUGGCGCCCAGCAGAAGGGGGAGGACAUCGAGAGGAAGUUGAAGAUGAUGGCGACGAGCAAGCCUGGUGGUGGGCCCGCUGGCAGCAACCUGCACUUGGCGUCGACGCGCGAGCAGGAGGGCGCCUGCCGCUUGAUCCUGGCGGGGUUCGAGUCUCCACUGAUGGGGCGUGCGCUCCGCCGGGCUGCUGAACAGGUUCGUGAUCUUUGUGCGCCACAAAGAGAGUGGCCAUCCAUAACUAUUAAGGCCUUUGACAUGUCGAGGAAAGCGACCUUGGAAUUCCCGACGGCUACUAAGUGCUCGGACUUCUUCAGUGCGUUCAAGGCUCGUGGUCCUGUGGCGUUUCCGAGUCCUCUGGCGGAUGGGCUGCAGUAUCAACUUCGUGUCAAGCGUGACAUCAACCAGCACGGGGGGAAGCUCUUCCUCGUCAUGGGGAAAGUGCGGAAGGUCAUCAGUGAGGCCAUUGGCACGCGCUACGAGGUGGGCUCGAACGGCUUUGGCAGCGCGGUCUUCAUCCUCACCAAACCCGAAUGCCCGUUGAUGACGGUGCAGCUGAAGCUGAACGGCGACGAGGUGGAGCACGAGAUAGCCGAGGCUGCGUUCGUGAGCCUGGGCCUUCAGGCGAUCUUGCCUGCGGUCAGGGCGGCGCUG